AUGGCCGAUGAUGAUGAUGAAGGUGGCUUUGGUGGCUUAUAUGAAGAUGGACAUUGGUUAUGGGAUGACACGGAGAAGGCAUUGAUAUUUGUAAGUGAUCUACCCCCAAAACCGGUGGAAGCGAUUCAGAUUCUAUCCAAAGCACCUACGGGGACUGUAGAAUUCAGAGACGAUAUCGAUUUAAUCGAACAAAUUGCAGAUGAAAUGGCGAAUCGUAUAAUGGAGUUGGAGAAAAAAAUAAGAACUCCAGAUUGUGAAAUACUUGAACACGAAUAUCGUGAUAAUUUAGCGGAUUUACGACUUCUAGUGGCCAAAGAAUACAGUGUAAUGCUCAUUGGUGGAAGUGAUACAAGAAAAUUUCACCAUAUGGGACCAGCGAAGAAACGUAGAUCUUUAUCAGACAAAGACGCACGACUAUUUGAAACAUUGCUAAGAAUGUGCGUGCAAAUUGUUUGGCUGGCUAUAGGAAGAAAAUCGUUCAACCAAAUAGAGCUGGAAACCAACCGCAUAUUUAAAUCUGAAAUUUUCAACGCGGCGGAGCACACCCUGAAAACAGGCUAUAUAAGUAAACUGUCGAAAGAAGAGCGCGUAGUACUACUCGGACACUGCCUGCGCUACGACAAGAAGCUGAACACACGGUCCCCGCUUAUGAACGAAGUAUUCUGCCACCGACCUAUCGAUUACCGCAUGAUGGGACUGGGAGUUAUCAAAGUCUCACAAAUGUCUCCACGACUUCACUACAUGCUUCAGGCAAUAGCAGGUCCAGAGGACAAACUGGUGGAACUGGGCGUAGUUGUCGAGGGGUCUGCUAAUAAACGCACCGUGCGAUUUUGGUUUAAACGCUUUCGUGAUGGAAACUUCAACUUGAAGAACGAGCCACGAGGAAGACCGCCCACACAGGUGAAUAACGAUAAAUUAAGAGAGAUGGUGGAAGCCGAUCCUAGUCAGACUAGCCAGGAAUUAGCGGCAUGGUUUAACGUUACCUUACCCACAAUAUUGACUCAUUUGUGUCAAAUCAAUAAGAUAAAAAAAUACGAAAAAUGGGUGCCUCAUGAUUUGACUGAUCUGCAGAAAGAAACGCGUGUUGUAACUUGUGUUACCUUGUUGAAUGGGUCAUCAGCUAGUGGGUACGGCGGUGGCGGUGGCUCCAAAAGCACCACGUCCAUGGGGAAAAGCACGAUCGCUGCCCAUAAAUUAUACCCUGACAUUGUACUGCCUAGGAAAACAACUAAAGAAGCAUUCUUCCCUCCGUCGUUCCCCGAGGAGACAGAAAAAAUCCGCCCGUGCAGCGAAACACAGCGGCGUCGCUGGCAAAACCGUCUCAUCAAACUUCUUCAUCCGUAUGGAGUUUAA